AUGUUGCACAUUGAGAAGUUUCCAGUUGAUGAAUCGAUGGGGCCUAUAGAUGGUUGGUAUAUUCCGUGUAUCAACUCACAGGGAUUUUCACCCAAUGUCACUGCGUUUGGAAGCGAGGGUUCAUCAAUCCAAAAUAACUACUGUCAAGGUUGCUCUAGACGAAUAAGUGAUGUGUCUGAAAUAAGAGCAUUCUGGUUUGAUGGAAAGCGAGAAGAACCACCACCGAUACCUAAUACACAGCACAAAGAUUACAUACGAAACAUUUGCGAAAUUUAUUCCAAAGUCCUCAAACAGUCAACUGAGAUAACAGAUCAGACAAGAACAGAGGAAAAAGUCAUCAUUCAAGAACAAGGUAAUGGAACUUGGCUAGACGAACUUGUGGAAAUCGGACAAACAUUGAAAAGGUUUCUUGGAAGUAUUGGGGAUAGAAAGCUAAAUGAAGAUGAAGAAACUGAAUUGAAAAAUAUUUACAGUGGCCUAAAAAAGGUUUCCUCUUGCCUGAAUAAGGUUUUUAAAGGUCUUCGAAAAGAGAUUUUCUUUCUAUGGACACAAAAGAUCGACAGUGCACAAAGCGAUCAAGAUAUUCCUAUGCUCUCCUCAGAAACAUCCGAUGAAAAUGUACAAAUCGGUACGGAUGUAACAAUAGAGGCCAAAGCUGAAUUGGUUCGUCAUUUUCAAUGGUUAAGAAAAACAUGCCAGGAAAAUAAAUAUAGAUUUUUGCAACUCAUUGAAGAAGAAAAAGAUAAGUUUGAGUAUGAGGAAAAAAAGGACAGACUUGUGCUAAAAAUUAGGAACUUUGGCAGGCAGGAUGCAGGAUCCUACUACGUAGCUGUAGAAACUGAGAAUGGCGUUUCUGUUUUUCGAAAAACUUUAAGAUUUGAAAAUGGAAAAAACGAUAUGAAUGGGUCUGACUUGGGAACAACUCCAAUAGAAGAGAUAAAUUUUUCAACAGAUGUAUCAUUGGGGGUUUUGCAUGCCAAUGCAAAUGCAAAGCCUGAAAAGAUGGAAAUAAAACAUCUCUCUGGAGGAAAAAGUGUGGAAUGCGACGUUAAGGCUGUGCAAAGUGUUGCCGGUUUAAAAAAAGCUGUUGCAAAAGCAUUGAAUUCUCCAAAAGAAUUUAUUGAAAUAGUGGACAACAACAAUAUAUUACUCUACCAGGAUGAUACACACUUUGAAGAUUUCCUGAAACAUGAAGAUAAAAUCCAUGUGAUUGAGCGACCAAGAACUCGUGAAAGUCAACAUGAGAGACCUGUUGAGAUUGUGGAAGAUGACAACGAAAGCACUGGCUUUCCGUAUGGAUGUACACACUCAAAUAGUAAGGCUAGAUAUUGCUGA